CCACGUUUCCACCAUUACAUUAGCCAGGCCCCACACCCUGCGCUCUAAGUUCGGGGCUGCGGGCGUCCUCGCUUCCUCCCUCCCGGAGGCGGGCCCGACCCCGCCCCCGCGCCCCGGAUCGCUCCCGGCGGUCCCUCCCACCUCCUACCCUCGGCCUCCCCGGCGCGGCGCACUCCCUGCCGGCCGCAGCCUGACACGCCGCGCGGCCCCCCAGUCUCCCGUGGCCGCCUCCCCCAGGCAUGGCACAGGGCCUCCCCUCACUAUGGCAGCAGCACGGCACAGCACGCUCGACUUCAUGCUCGGCGCCAAAGCUGACGGUGAGACCAUUCUGAAAGGCCUCCAGUCCAUUUUCCAGGAGCAAGGGAUGACAGAGUCGGUGCACACCUGGCAAGACCAUGGUUAUUUGGCAACCUACAUAAGCAAAGACGGCAGUUUUGCCAAUUUGAGAAUUUACCCACACGGACUGGUGUUAUUGGACCUUCAGAGUUAUGAUGGCGAUUCACAAGGCCAAGAAGUUGACAGUCUUCUGAACAAAAUAGAAGAAAGAAUGAAAGAAUUGAGUCAGGACAGUACUGGGCGAGUGAAGCGACUACCACCCAUAGUUCGAGGAGGGGCCAUUGACAGAUACUGGCCCACUGCUGACGGUCGCCUGGUUGAGUAUGACAUAGACGAAGUGGUAUAUGAUGAAGAUUCACCUUAUCAGAACAUUAAGAUUCUACACUCAAAGCAAUUUGGAAAUAUUCUGAUCCUUAGUGGGGAUGUUAAUCUGGCGGAAAGUGAUUUGGCGUAUACCCAGGCCAUCAUGGGCAGUGGAAAAGAAGACUACAGUGGCAAAGAUGUGCUGAUUCUAGGGGGUGGAGAUGGGGGCAUAUUAUGUGAAAUAGUCAAACUGAAACCAAAGAUGGUCACUAUGGUAGAGAUUGACCAGAUGGUGAUUGAUGGAUGUAAGAAAUACAUGCGAAAAACAUGUGGCGACGUCUUAGACAAUCUUAAAGGAGACUGCUAUCAGGUUCUAAUAGAAGACUGCAUUCCAGUACUGAAGAGGUACGCCAAAGAAGGAAGAGAGUUUGAUUAUGUGAUUAAUGAUUUGACAGCUGUUCCAAUCUCCACAUCUCCAGAAGAAGAUUCUACAUGGGAGUUUCUCAGACUGAUUCUUGACCUCUCAAUGAAAGUACUGAAACCGGAUGGGAAAUAUUUUACACAGGGCAACUGUGUCAAUUUGACGGAAGCCUUGUCGCUCUAUGAAGAACAACUCGGGCGCCUGUAUUGUCCUGUGGAAUUCUCCAAGGAGAUCGUCUGUGUUCCUUCGUACUUGGAAUUGUGGGUGUUUUACACUGUUUGGAAGAAAGCUCACCCUUGAAGAUCGUUGGCCCCACUCACGGGUGCUGACCUUCAUACGCUGUACAUGACAUCGAAAGGAGUCAGGCAAUUGAUUGUGAAUUCCUUCAAGUUUUCUUUUCUUCUUAAUUAUUAUUUUUAAUUUAAAAAAAGCAAAUGGAAAAUGUAUAUUUUGGUGAGCUAGGGUGUUAUAUUUUUUGAGUCAGCUGAAGGAUGAUUAGACAGCACAGCGAAGGCUGCUAAAUGCACUGAACCCCUAGAAUGUGAUUUUUGUUACUUUCAUGUGUGUGGGCUUUUUGUUUUUGUUUUGGUAGACUUCAAAUUUGGUUGUUUGGAGGAAUGAACAUCAUUGUUUUUGUUCUGGAGGGAAGUUCUUGAUGGUGUUUCUUUCCCAGAAAAUUGACUUAGUUAUUAAAAUUUCAUACUUAUAAGGAGUUAAAAAAUGAAUAGCAAUGCUUUGAUUAAAAUUAUAAAUGAGAAA